AUGCCGAUCAACCAACCGGCGAACCAGAUCAGGCUAACCAACGUCUCGGUCGUGCGGCUGCGGAAGGGUGGGAAACGGUUCGAAAUCGCAUGCUACAAGAACAAGGUGCGCGAAUGGAGGACGGGUGUGGAAAGCGAUCUGGACGAGGUGGUGCAGAUCGCGAAUGUCUUUCUCAAUGUAUCCAAGGGUCAGAUUGCGCCGUCGGGUGAGUUGCAGAAGGCUUUUGGAACGGUAGAGGUGGAAAAGGUUUUGCACGAGAUCCUUAGUAAGGGUGAGUUGCAGGUUGGCGAGAAGGAACGGAGGCAUGAACUCGAGAAUACUUGGAGGGAUAUUGCAACCCAGGUAGCUGCAAAGUGUGUAGAACCGCAAAGCAAGAGACCUUAUACCGUGGGGAUGAUCGAAAAGGCGAUGCAUGAUGUCCAUUACUCGGUCAAGUCAGGCAGAAGCGCCAAGCAGCAGGCACUCGACGUAAUACGACUUUUGCAAGAAAAACAAACGAUCCCCAUCGAAAGAGCUCAAAUGCGAAUCCGUAUCACCAUCCCCACCCCCGCGGCCAACAAGGUCAAAGAGCGCCUGCUGGCCUUAACACAGGAGGUGGAAAGGCAAGAUUGGUCGCAUGAGUGGCAGAUGGUUGCUUGCAUCGACCCAGCGGCUUUCAAGAGUAUCAAUCAACUGAUUCAGGGCGAAAUCGUGGGCGGCGCAAGUGUCGAAACGCUCAACUCGACUGGCUAG